CUUUCAAAAAUAUAUGUAAAAAUAUUAGUUAGAGCUCAACGGGACCCACCCCUCUUCUUUUUCUGACCCAAGGGAGAUUUUAAUGAGUUCUUAUACUUCCAUGUAUACAACUUAGUUUAUCUAAUUAUUACACAGAUGAUCUAAACCCAGAAUAUGAACUAAAAUACUGACUAAACAGACCAGAGAAAUAUCAACUACAAUACGAACCCUUUCAGUAGUUAUGGUCUUGGCCAUUUGACCUCACUUCCCUCCCAUUUCAUCAAGUGGUUCUAGAGACGAACAAUCUUCAUUUGAAACUGCAAUGGGUUGAUCGAGCAUGUAGCAGAUUAAAUCAUAUGAUCAAUUCGAACUAAGAUGGCUACUUAGGGUAAUUAAUAUCCUACAAAGAACACUCUUAGCAUUCGCAUGUGCAGUCUGUUAUCAAGUACAUAAACAUAUAAAAUGUAGGUGAAAAAAGGCUAUUGUUUCAGAUGAAGUAAAGUAUUUAGAAAACUGAGUGAGCUGUCUGUAACAUUAUUAUGAGCUCUGGAAUUGCAUUAUUGAGGAGUAUAAUAUUGAUAGGAGGAUGAUGGGUCGUUAUUGGUUUUUUGAUAUUCUUUUAAUAGCUUUAAUUUAAUGUUGAGUUGAGGCUUAGAAAUGAAGAAAGGUGUCACUGUAAUGAUGAAGAAAAGAAGCUUUUCGAAGUUGGGAGGCAGGCAGGCCACCUGCUGAAGCUGAGCCAUUAGACAGCUACAGGUUGAGACAUUUUAUCAAAGAAACAAGUUGUUGAGUCUGCUCCCAAGAUCAACGAAAUGAUUGUUUGCUACCCCACUGACAUUAAUCAUCUAUAUAUCCUCUGCUUCAUCUCCCCAUUCUUCUAAACAAAGCUCACUCCUUCCAUUGGAACCUCCACAGAGAAGAAGAGAUAUUCAUUCUUCUGGUGAAGAACACUCCAAAGCCAUGGCAUUUGCAGGCACAACCCAGAAAUGUAUGGCUUGUGAAAAAACGGUCUAUCUCGUCGACAAGCUGACCGCUGAUAACCGCAUCUACCACAAAGCCUGUUUCAGAUGCCACCAUUGCAAAGGAACUCUCAAGCUGAGCAACUACAAUUCCUUUGAGGGAGUGCUUUAUUGCAGGCCACACUUUGAUCAGCUCUUUAAGAGGACUGGUAGUCUUGACAAAAGCUUUGAAGGUACUCCAAAGAUCGUAAAACCAGAGAAACCAAUUGAUGGCGAGAAACCGACAGCAAACAAGGUUGCUAGCAAGUUUGGAGGAACCAGGGAUAAAUGUCUUGGCUGUAAUAACACUGUUUAUCCAACGGAAAAGGUUACUGUGAAUGGAACUCCAUACCAUAAAAGUUGCUUCAAAUGCUGCCAUGGAGGAUGCACGAUCAGUCCUUCGAACUAUAUCGCUCACGAGGGACGACUUUACUGCAAGCACCACCACAUCCAACUGAUCAAGGAGAAAGGAAACUUGAGUCAGCUUGAGGGAGACCAUGAAAAGAUAACAGCAAAGGAGAAAAUCAAUGGUGGAGAGAUGGUGGCUUCAGAAGCCUGAUUUGCAGAAUCAAGCUUUACCAGAAUCUGUUUUUCCCUUCAUCAGACAAGAUACCGUAGUAUCCUCCUUCCUUUUAAGGCUAUGCACUAAGAGAAGUACCAGCAUCCGUUGCAUUUCCUGUUAAAAGUGUGUUUUUGGCCUGUCUGUUUUCUAAAUAUUAUUCAAAUAACAUGCUCAAACAGAUGCCAAGAUCUGUUUCAUUUUCACCAUCUUUCAUGUUGAAGAAGAGUGGCAUGUUUGUGGAUUUGAAUGUAUUCCUGUCAAUUCCAAUGGAUGCUUAUAAUUAUAAGUACAUUUGUCAUGUCUAUAA